UGAUCAUAAUUUCAAUCAAAUCAAACGGUCAAGAACACGCCACUUCCAGAACGGCCACACCUGAUCGUCACUCUUAAAAAUAAUUUUUUAGGCAUUUUCGUGGUCGUCUCCACCACUUCAAAAAAAAAAAACCCUCCGUCCUACGAUUCUGUUUCACCAUUUUUUUUUCUCUCCCAAUUUCUCAGAUCUUUUCCCGGUGAUUUUACUGCCAUGAGUAAGGGACCAGGACUCUUCGUCGAUAUCGGCAAGAAAGCCAAAGAUCUCUUGACAAGAGAUUAUACCUCGGAUCAGAAGUUUACAGUUUCCACUUACACCGGUGCUGGAGUGGCCCUUACAUCAACUGCACUAAAGAAAGGAGGACUUUCUACUGGGGAUAUUGCUGCACUAUACAAGUACAAGAACACUCAAUUUGAUGUCAAAGUCGAUACUGAUUCUAACAUCUCAACGACACUUACAUUCACUGAGAUUCUUCCGUCCACUAAGACCAUUGCAUCAUUCAAAGUGCCUGAUUAUAACUCUGGCAAGUUGGAGGUUCAGUAUUUCCAUGACCAUGCAACCUUUACAACAACAAUUGGUUUGAACCAGACACCAGGUGUUGAUGUCACAGCAACCAUUGGCACGUCCGCUAUCGCUUUUGGUGCAGAGGCAGGUUAUGAUACCACCUCAGGCAAUUUUACUAAGUACACUGCUGGUAUUAGUGUGACAAAACCAGAUUCAUGUGCUUCAAUAAUUCUGGGAGACAAGGGAGACAGCAUAAAAGUAUCAUAUGUGCAUUAUCUGGAUCAGCUGAAGAAGAGUGCUGCUGUGGGUGAGAUCAGCAGAAGGUUUUCCACAAACGAGAACACAUUUACUGUUGGAGGGGCCUAUGCUGUUGACCAUCUCACGCUGAUUAAAGCUAAGCUCAACAAUCAUGGGAGGCUUGGAGCACUGCUGCAGCAUGAAGUCAUACCAAAGUCAUUGCUCACAAUCUCUGGUGAGCUUGACACCAAGGCCUUGGACAAAAGCCCCCGCUUUGGAUUGGCUCUUGCUCUGAAACCUUAAUCGGUUCUUAGCUAUUCAAUGAUGCUUUCGGGAUUUGAUACCUUUAAAAUUCUUUUGUGGUUAUUGAAAAGGGGUGUCAAUAAGUAGCUCCACAGAUGAUUGGUAUUCAUUUCUAGGUUCUCAGUGACUGUGGAUUGAUGAUUGAUACUUUAGGCUUUCCAUGAUUCAAUAUGUAAGUUUUGCGCCAUUUUGAAAAUGGUAAAUUUAAACCUUGUUUUAUUGAGGCGUUCCUUUUAAUUGGUUAAAAGCUUUUCAAGUGUCUUCAUUUGCUA